GAGGAUGCACUGAUCCUCCGCAGCCAUGGCCUCAGCAGGGACUGAGAAGUGGCCAGGGGCCCAAGAGGGAAGAGCAUUGGGACAGUCACAGCUUACGGAGGUGCCUGGUGGCCAUGCGCAGAAUUCUGAGUGUCCAGUUAUGGGAGACCAGUGCCUAGUGCCAGCCCAUGAAGCCUGCCAAACCCAGGGUGAAGACAAGUGUCCAACAGGGCCAGUCUCAGAGCCAAAGAUCCAGGAGGAAAGACUCAAGCUGGAGGAAGAGAGGCACAAGCCAGAGGUGCAGGCACUAGAGGAGAAAGGCCCCAGGCCUAUGGCCUCCAUUGUGAGGACCAGUCAUGGUCUGAAGAGGAAGCUGGUCAAGCUGGCUCCUCAGGACUUCUUGUCCCUUAGCCUCCCAGGACCUAGCCACCAAGCCCAUCCUAGGGCUGAAGCUGAGCUACCACAGGGGAUGCCGCUGCAGAGGGAGGAGCGGGAGAGUAGCCAGAGUGAGCACUUGCCGUCUGCCAAACAGCACAAAAAAGCCAAGAAGCGCAAGAGUGUGGGAACCCCAGUGCUCCCUGUGGUGGCCAGCACAGUGUCUGCGUCCUCAGAGACCUUAGGACUGGAGCGAAAGGCCCAGCGCCUGCGGCCCCUGUACCAGUACAUCAACUAUUGCAACCCUGAGCUGAACCAGGCACGGGAGGGGGAUAGGGAGGCCGAGGCUGAGGUGAAGCCUGAGUCGGAGCUGGCCCUCAUCCCCAAGGAGACAGGUGUGGAACAACUGUAGGCCUUGCUGCCCACGGCAGGUGAGCUGGGCUCAGGCCUCACUUUGCCCUGCCCCAAUAUGUUCAUGACCCCCACCUACACUCUGGUUCCCCUGGGAGAGGAAGCUGGCGAGGAGCCUGGGGGUUUGCCCAGCCUGGGCGUCAGCGGUUGCCUCAAGGCUGAGAUGCUCAAGUCAACUCAGGUGGACACCAACAAGAUGCUAAGUGUCUGCGCUGCCCCACUUGCACCCCCACCCUCUCCUCAGUACAAGUGACUGUCCUGCCCCACUGGGGGCUCCCCUUCUCCCA